AUGUCAAUCCACCAGCCGCCGUCCAUCCCCACCCAUAUGUCAACCACCAGCCUCCGUCCAUCAACACCCCUCUGUCAACCACCAGCCUCCUGUCCAUCCCCACCAGUCACCCCAGCCUCUGUCCAUCCCCACCCAUCUGUCAACCACCAGCCUCCGUCCAGCCAACACCUAUAUGUCACCCACCAGCCUCUGUCCAUCCCACCCUGCUGUCAACCACCAGCCUCCGUCCAUCCUCCGUCCAUCCCCACCCAUCUGUCAACCACCAGCCUCCGUCCAUCCCCACCCAUCUGCCAACCACCAGCCUCUGUCAUCCCCACCCAUCACCAACCACCAGCCUCCGUCCAUCCCCACCCUCUGUCAACCACCAGUCCAUCCCGUGUCAACCAUCAGCCUCUGUCCAUCCCCACCCUCUGUCAACCACCAGCCUCCGUCCAUCCCCCCCGCCCUUUCUGUCAACUACCAGCCUCCAACGUCCAGGCUCCGUCCAUCCCUCUGUCAACCACCAGCCUCCGUCCAUCCACCUCCGUCCACCCCUCUGUCAACCACCAGCCUCCGUCCAUCCCCACCCCUCUGUCAAACCAGCCUCCGUCCAGCCUCUGUCAACCACCAGCCUCUCUGUCCAUCAGCACCCCUCUGUCUGUCAACCACCAGCCUCCGUCCAUCCCCACCCCUCUGUCAACCACCAGCCUCCGUCCAUCCCCACCCCUCUGUCAGCUAAGAGGCGACUAA